AUGGGCUCAUAUUUCCUCAAGGAAGAGGUGAAUGUUCUCGGGAAGUUGGGAUGCGCCGCGUGUCUUCUAGGCUCGGUCUUGUUGGUGCUUCAUGCGCCCGGCGACAAGGACAUUCAGACUAUUGAUGAAAUCCUGGACCUGGCGAUCCAACCGUGUUCGCAACCCUUUCUAGCGCUAUGUGCUCUUGAUCCGCUGACGUCCCCAGUCUUUCUUAUUUAUUGCGCCUGCGUUACAAUAAUUGCCAGCUAUGUCAUUUGGAAGAUCGCACCGACACAGGGGCGAACAAACCCGUUAGUUUAUAUCUCGAUUUGUUCCUCGGUCGGAUCUAUCUCCGUCAUGUCUGUCAAGGCCUUUGGAAUUGCUGUGAAGCUCACUGCGGGCGGCGACAAUCAAUUCACCCAUCCCUCGACAUAUGUUUUCCUGUCGGUUCUGGUCAUCACUACCCUGACCCAGAUGAACUACUUGAAUAAAGCGAUGGGUCAAUUCCCUGCAUCGCUGGUGAAUGCGAUGUACUAUGUUGGUUUCACAACAUGUACCCUCUCCGCGUCGAUUAUAUUCUACCAGGGAUUGAACACAAGCAACUGGACCAGUAUUCUCUCGAUGAUAUGUGGAUUCUUGCUCAAUUUCACGGGCAUCUCUCUUUUGACUUUGUCCAAAACUGCGACUUCCAGUUCAUCGAGCAAAGGCUCGACCCGCGUGGCAUGCAUGUAUCCAAUAGACGCCCCCCAAGGACAGUACGAGCAUGUGCGAACAAGCAGCGUGGAAAUUGAAUACGCCCGUGGGAGGGCAACUUCCGGUACUCAACCGGGAGCGGAAUCAUAA